AUGGCUAUAAAGGAAAAAACGAAAAAAAAGCCAAACACCGCGCCACAUAGAUUGUCUACGAAAACCAAACCAAGCAAGAUUACCAAAAAACUGGUUGUUAAAAAGACUGGCCGCGGAGGCCGCACAUCAAAAACAACUAGCCGUCCUCAAAACGAAAGUGAUCAGGGGGAAUCAGGUGAAUCGACGGACAAUGAGGCCUUAGAUACGCCGUCUACUCAAUCCGAGAGUGAUUCUGCUAUUGAAGAAUACACUGAUCAUACUCUAAACCCCGAAACACUUCGUUUCCUCAAAGAUUUGGCCAAGAAUAACCAUAGAGAUUGGUUUCACGGACACAAGGGCAUCUAUAAGAUUGCUCUGGCAGAUUUUAAGUCCUUCAGCAGCACGCUACAGGAAGAGCUCACUAAAGUUGACUGGACGGUGCCAAUUCUUCCCCUAGAAAGGCAUAAUCUUUUCCGGAUACAUCGAGAUGUUCGGUUCUCGAACUCGAAGGUUCCUUACAAGGAGUAUUUUUCUGUAGCUUUCUCCCGAACAGGCAAACAAGGUCAUUAUGCGAAAUAUUAUCUUUCAAUCCAACCGGGAGACCUGUCGUUCAUUGGAGGCGGCCUUUGGCAUCCAGAAGCGACCCAUUUGUCACUCAUGCGUCGUGAAAUAGACCGCAACCCAAGGGGAUUAAAGGACAUUCUGGUCUCCCGGGAUUUUUUUGCCAAUUUUUUGGAUACUGGGGGCACCCGCGGGCGUAUGUCCUCCAAGGCCAUCGAAAACCAAGCCGUGAAUAAUUUCCUGGAGCGGAAUUCGGAGGGUGCGCUCAAGACGGCUCCAAAAGGAUAUGAUAGAGAACAUGAUGAUAUCGACCUUCUCCGGUUGAAAAGCUACACGGUAGGCAAGCGGAUCAAGGACUCCGAAGUAUUGCUCCCGAAUUCGAUGGAAUUUAUAGUGGACGUUUUCCGUGCGCUGGAGCCAUUCAUCACGUAUCUCAAUUCCAUCGUGAUGCCGGAUCCAGGGGUUUCUAAUGCUGGUACCACCAACGGUAGUGGUUAG